CUGUAAACAAGCAGAAGGGAGACUAAGGGCAGAGGCAAACAGGAAGGGAAGAAGGGACUCUUGAGUCGGCUCUGGAUGCUGGGAACUUUGAAGCCCAGGGAAGAUUUUGUAGCCCUUUGUCAAACUGAAGCGACCUCCAGGUUUGGGGUUGGUCCAGGAUGCAGUUCUACCUCACGCUGUUGCUGGGGAUCGUGGUUUCUGCUGCUUCAGUGGAAUGGAGGCGUCCGGUGAUCAAACUUAAUUCUAAGGCGGUAGAAAGCCCUGAGGUGGUGGUUAGACCUGGGAUCCCUCUGGAUCUGAGGUGUGAGGGUGACGGACCCGUGAACUGGCAAACCAGGCUCGCCAAACACCGACGCUAUGUGUCCAAAGGCGGUGGGAACGUCCGUAGCGUAAAGGUGGAACGUCCUACUGCAGAAUUCACUGGAACAUACAGGUGCUCUUACGCUGCCGGGUCCCAGUAUCGUCACCUGACCUCCUCAGUCCAUCUAUAUGUGAAAGACCCACAUCGGGUGUUCUGGACCAGCAGCACAUCCCUGAGGGUGGUGAAGAAGGAGGGGGAGGACUACGUACUGCCCUGCCUGCUGACGGACCCCUCGGCCACAGACUUGGGGCUCCGCAUGGACAACACCACCACUGUGCCCCCGGGAAUGAACUUCACUGUCUACAAGCACCAGGGGAUCCUCAUCCGCAACCUCCAGCCGAGCUUCAACGCGGACUACGUCUGCACAGCCAAGAUCAACGGAGUGGAAAGGACCUCGAGGGCCUUUUCCAUCAACGUCAUUCAGAGGCUUCGUUUCCCUCCGUAUGUCAUUUUGGACACAGAUGAAUAUGUGCGCAUUGUUGGGGAAGACAUCAAGAUUCGCUGCACAACGCACAAUCCCAACUUCAACUACAAUGUCACAUGGAAAUAUAUCACAAAAUCACAAACAACAAUAGAAGAGAAGGUUCGCUCCAACGGAGAGAAUCGUCUGGACAUACAGAGCAUACUGAGCAUUGCAGCAGUGGACCUGGCAGACACGGGAAACAUCUCCUGUGUUGGUACUAAUGAAGCUGGUGUGAACAGUUCCACCACGUACUUGCUGGUUGUGGACAAGCCCUACGUCAGGCUGAAGCCCCAGCUGUCCCACAGACUGGCCCGCCAAGGCCUCUCCAUCGAGGUGAACGAGGGAGAAGACCUGGAACUCGGCGUUCUCGUCGAGGCCUACCCUGAAAUUACCGAGCACCAAUGGCACACCCCGACCUUUCACGAAACAUCCACGCAGGAGAGCAAGUUCAUCCAGUACAAUAACAGGUACUACGCCACCUUGCAGCUAAAGAGGAUGAACAUUCAAGAGCAGGGACAGUACACCUUCCACGCUAAGAGCGGCCUGGCCAACGCAUCUAUCACAUUUCAAGUUCAAAUGUAUCAGAGACCUGUUGCUGUGGUGAGAUGGGAAAAUGUAACCACACUGACUUGCACCUCGUUUGGCUAUCCGGCUCCAAGGAUCAUCUGGUACCAGUGUUUGGGAAUACGACCCACGUGCAACGAAAACAUGUCAGGGUUGGAACUGGCGAUCCCUCUCCAGGCUCCCACCGUGGAGGUCCAGAGAGAGGAGUACGGGGCCGUGGAAGUGGAGAGCGUCUUCACCGUGGGGCCUUCCAGACAGAGGAUGACGGUCGAAUGCGUGGCCUUCAACGUCGUCGGCGUGAGCAGCGACACUUUCGCCAUGGAGGUUUCUGACAAGCUCUUUACUACCACUCUGACGGGAGCGGGAGGAGUUCUGGCUGUUCUCCUCGUGCUUCUGAUUUUUCUGUUCUACAAGUACAAGCAGAAGCCCAGGUACGAGAUCCGCUGGAAGAUUAUUGAGGCAAGAGAUGGCAACAACUACACCUUUAUUGACCCCACGCAGCUGCCCUACAAUGAGAAGUGGGAGUUUCCAAGAGACAAGCUCAAACUAGCAGGUAAGAUCUUGGGCGCAGGUGCGUUUGGAAAGGUUGUCGAGGCCACAGCUUACGGUCUGGGAAAGGAGGACAAUGCGAUCCGCGUGGCUGUGAAAAUGUUAAAAGCAGCCAGUGCCCACUCAGAUGAGAGGGAGGCCUUAAUGUCCGAGCUGAAGAUCCUCAGCCACCUGGGCCACCACAAGAACAUCGUCAACCUACUCGGAGCCUGCACCUACGGAGGACCGGUGCUUGUGAUCACUGAGUACUGCAGCCUCGGCGACCUCCUGAACUUCCUUCGCCGGAAGGCAGAGACAUUCGUAAGCUUCGUUAUGAAUAUCCCAGAGGUUCCAGAGAGCUUGAACGACUACAAAAACAUCUGCGUCCAGAAGAUGUUUAUUCGAAGUGACAGUGGGAUCUCCAGUGAAUCCUCCAGCAGUUACUUGGAGAUGAGACCCAGCCAGUUGCCGAAUACAGAGCAAAGAUUAGACGACUCUGAUAGCGAAGACUCUGGCAAAUGCCCUCUGGACAUGGAUGACUUGCUGAGAUUCUCCUUUCAAGUAGCUCAGGGCCUUGACUUUUUGGCUGCCAAAAAUUGCAUUCACAGAGAUGUUGCUGCAAGGAACGUCCUCUUGACCAGCAACAGACAGGCAAAGAUUUGUGACUUUGGCCUGGCGAGGGACAUCAUGAAUGACUCCAACUACGUGGUGAAGGGCAACGCGCGCCUGCCGGUGAAGUGGAUGGCUCCAGAGAGCAUCUUUGAGUGCGUCUACACCGUGCAGAGUGACGUCUGGUCCUACGGCAUCCUCUUAUGGGAAAUCUUCUCUUUAGGAAAAAGCCCGUACCCCAGCAUGGCUGUGGACUCUAGGUUCUACAAGAUGGUGAAGCGUGGCUGCCAGAUGUCCCAGCCAGACUUUGCACCACCUGAGAUGUACACAAUCAUGAAGAUGUGCUGGAACCUGGAGCCUACAGAGCGUCCCACAUUUAGCAAAAUCAGUCAGAUGAUACAGAGACUACUCGGGGAUCAAACUGUGGAGGAACUGGUAAUCUACCAGAAUGUGCAGCAGGAGGUCACUGAGGGUGAAGUGUGUGAUGAGCCCAAGAGCUACAACAGUCCCUGUGACCAGUCUUGUGACCACGAGGAAGAGGAGCAGCCUUUGAUGAAAACCAACAACUAUCAGUUUUGCUAAAAGCCCCCAAAUGACAACGCACAAAUCAAUCACUCUUCAAUAGGCAUCGAGAAAGUGGGAUCAGCCGUGGCUCCCAGUCGGAGCACUUUGCUAGAGCUGCGGACUCUUGCCCCCUCAGCUAUUUUUUGCCUGCUGUGCCUGCUCUCCAGACAGACAGACAGUUGCGGCGGAGCAUGUGACUCGCUUCUGUGACCAUGACAAGAACUUGCCACGUCUAACUCCGGCUGCAGACACGAAAGGAGGAAACAUGUCAACAACCACAAACUAAAUCAAAGCUGCAGCUCAUCUUGUGGACUUCUUUAUCAGUCCCUCUGUAGCAGUGCAUCUAGCGUCCCUCUCUUCUGAUUGUAUACUCAAUUUUCUAAUGUACCUUAUGCUCAUUUUAUUUGAUUUUUUUAAUCGCUACCUUUAUUGGAGUUUAGUUUUUCAGAGGGUUAUGUGGGUUUUGUCAGCAGGAUCGCUUCCCUUUCAUCAUUUUAUUGCGUGCAUGAUUUAUCGCAGGAAGCCGCCAAGAAUAAGUCACAAACACUUGGUCAAAACUGCUGGAGCUUCUCUGUUGUGUGCUCCACAUGAGUUGCUUUCUCUGCUCCCUGUACUGAACAUCUAAAGUGCAAAUGUUUUUUUCCCCCCUCCCCAGAUUUAAACAUGCUUAAGCAACCGUAGCAAAGGCAAAGAACGCCUGUAUUGUUCUCCUCUCUGUGCUCCGGUCAUAGCUGCAUUCGUUGCGGCACACUUACAGUGGCUGUCAGUGGCUAGCAACAUGUGAUUGUUCUGCUUCAAUCUAAUUAAUUUACCGGUGUUCAGUGUGAUUUUGGAGCACAGAAUGCUACUAGACUGUGCAGGGAAACUGUGGAUUUCAUUGUGGACCAGAUGAAGAAUGUGAACUUUUGUUUGUUUGUUUGUUUUUUGCAAGGUCCAACAUAUAUUUUCUUAUUUCUUGUAGUGUUAGUUGAGUAUUAAGAUGUAAGCCUGACCAAUGUCUAUAUGUAGCAGUCAGCCUACACUGCCAACCUUAUGAGGAUUAUAGAAUGACAUAAGCUACUGUAUGUGAUAGACUUCAGAAAUGUGUGCUUUUAUCUGAGUGAAACAUGACUGAUAUGUCUAAUAGUGUACAUAUAUACAUAUGAACAUAUAUCUAAAAAAUCAAGAAUUACACUUUAUUUUCACUGAAAUCUUGUAGAUUGUAGUACAUCAGUAUCUCUGUAAGUGGCAUACGAAUCAAUUCAAAAGCACCAUAUUAAAUCAUUAUAAAACUGCCAAAAUUGUUGAAUAAAGCUUUACUAUUAAAACUCUUGGUUACAGUUCGGAGUU